UUAAGUUUUACGGGAAUCUGAUAAGGUAGAUAGUUCCUAAUUGAUGUGUAACUGGGACACGAAGAACGCUCGUGGAAUUAACGUGGAUAUCACAAUUGCUUGCAAAGAACAGGAACGAUAUUUAGCAUUGGUUAAAUUUGGCAGAAAAGGUACACCGGAAGCGGAAGAACAGAUCGUCUGCGCAAAAAAGAAAGGAAGCACACUUAGCAAAGCAUCAAAAUGUGGCACGAAGCGCGCAAACAGGAAAAGAAGAUCCGCGGCAUGCUGGUCGAUUAUCGGAAGAGGGCCGAACGGAGGCAGGACUUUUACGAGCGUAUUAAAGCCGACCCGACGCAGUUCCUUCAAGUGCAUGGACGCAAAGGCAAAAUACACCUGGAUGCCAGCGUCGCGACAGCUGCCGAGAAUCCUGCAAUCAUGAUGCCGUGGCAGGGCCAGAAGGAUAAUCUGAUCGAUCGGUUUGAUGUGCGUGCGCAUCUAGACUAUAUACCGCCGGUGCCACGCACCAAUCCAGAACAGCCCGACCAGCAAGAGGAUGAUACGGACGAACGUGCGAUGAAUUAUGAGCGAUACCGAGUGUUGGCACAGAACGAAUUUCUCGGUAUUGUUGAAGAAAAGUAUCUUCAUCAAUUGUACCUCGAGGAACAGUUCGGAGUGAAUGCACAGAUCGAGGCGGAAACGAAGGCGGCAGCUGCUGCAGCUAAAAAGAAAUCUUCCGCCGGUGCAGCCAUCGGUUAUACGUACGAGGAAACGGAAACGGUCCCGGGUGGCUCAGGAUCGAGCCUUGUAUCUGGUGGUAUCGGAACAGCAAGCGUACCGUUCGCACAGUCCAUAACAGCGAUCGAAAAAGCUUCCGAAUCAUCAGCUCCGUUAGCUAGCUCGAGUGGACCGGCAGCCGCUCGGUUCGAUGAGUGCAUGAAGGAUGAUUCGGACUCGGAUUUGGAUAUGGAUGUGUCGAUUGAUAUAAACAAAAUCGGCACUAAUCAGGCGCAUGAGCUGAAUGCAUGCGGGCGACAGUACGGUAUGAAGAGCAAUGAUUUCUACUCGUUUCUAACGAAGGAUGCCGACGAAGCGGACGCACUGCGGAUGGCCCGGGAAGAGGAGCAGGAGAAAAUUAUGUUCAGUGGGCGUAAAAGUCGUCGGGAGCGACGGGCUCAACGCGAACGGAAGGUUGCUGGACGCCCGUUAAGUCCUCCGAGUUAUGCGGCCAAAGAGGAGCUGGUACCGCGCACAUUUGUUGAAGCGAACGAUAGCUCGCGGUCACCUUCGCCGGUAAAUUCGGGCAAGAUAACGUACAUCACCUCGUUCGGUGGGGAAGAAGAGCUGCAGCCGCAUGGGAAGAUUUCGUUCGGGUUUACGCGUGAAAUGAGCACGCUGGGUGGAAUUGCUGGCACGUCCAAGGCGGCUCGAUUGCGUGCGGGAACUGCCGGUGCGGAAGCGAGUGGCCCGUUGAGCUACGCGGACAAGGUGAAACAGAAUUUGGAAAAGUUGAAAACACAGCAAACGAAGGAGAGCGAUCGUAAGCCACCGGUGCAGUAUCAGCGAUCGGCGGCCAGUGGGGGACGGGGGGGUCGAAGUAGCAGAAGUAGCAGCAGAAGCAGCAGUCGCAGCCGGGGCAGAAGUCGGCGCCGGCGACGGAGCUCCAGCAGUAGCCGCAGUCGUAGUCGAAGUCGUAAUCGUAGUCGUAGCAGAAGUCGAAGACGCUUGAGAAGUGCCGCAGCUGGUAGAAGCCGAUCGCGAUCCAGAAGCGGUGGCCGUGGUACAGCUCGGUCUACUUAUUCUCGAUACCGGAGGCGCUCGAAAUCACGGUCACGCUCGCGAUCAAGGUCUCGAUCGCGCACUCGUUCGAAAGCAUCUCGCUGGAGUCCGAGACGAAGGUAUCCGGUUGGGCAAUCAUCAAACCGACGCAAGAACACACCCUCCCGAUCUUCAUCUUCUACUUCAUCAUCUACCUCAUCGUCGCGAUCACGCUCCCGAACGCCAGUACGGCGUUCCCAAGCGUCGCGUGCGAAACGAAGAUCAGGCCCCGAAUCGGACAGCGAUUCUUCGCGUAAAGCCAAAAAGCCAAUACCCCUGAUGCCGACUGCUACGAUAGUUGCACAGGAAAAGCCAUCGCUUGUUGUGCCGCCGUCACUUCUAGGAUCACUUCCGCCUCCACCACCUCCUCCGCUUCCGGUAGCUACGGAAAGUACGGUGGAUGAAAAGAAACCUAUUCCGGUACUGGCGCUGAUUGAACCGGAACCGGAAGUGCCUAUUAAACGGUACUACGGGCGAAGAAGGGGCGAUGAAAGCUCAAGCGAUGAAGCGAGCACAUCUGGGGAGGAUACGAAUGGUGACGAUCGAAAACCAACAAUCGUACCUGCGCUACAAAUUACCGAUUCUACCAGAGCAGAUGAUACGCCGAGCACGGGAAGCGUCAUUAAAUCCACCUUCGACACGACGGUGCAGAUUAAGCAGGAAAAACCGGACCCUGUAGAACAAUCCGGUGUACCGCCGACCGGUGCUGGCGGUGGUAGCACAUCGUUAAGGUUUGGUAAAACGGUCACUGGUGGCACCAGCGUUCCCGAAUCCAAAGUCGGUACGGGGGUUAGUACCACUGGUAGCACCGCCGGUCUUACAUCGAAGUCGAUUAACCCUCGCGAUCGCCUGAAGCGCAAAAUGCAGAUCCUGCUGAACAAACAAUACAAAGCGGACAAGAAGGCUGAAACCGAGAAAGUGGAGCGGCAGAUUCAGCAGCAGCAGGAACGUGACGAUGAGAUGCGCGAACUAGCACUGAAGCUGAGGCGUCGGCAACGUGAGCUGCGUCACAAGUACGGUACACCGGAGAGUGAACAUAGCAAAUCGCACAGCUCACAGGAAGAACGCAGCUCGGACGAGGGCGAAGAUGCGGGCAGCAAGCCACAACAGCCGCAGCAAAAGCAACGGUUUGAUCAGCCACCCGGCGAGGAUGGUGCCACAUCACCACGAAGACUGCCAUUGUUAGUUCCUCCCUUAACGUCGGUUCCACCACCGAAGAUGGCAUUGCAUUCCCGGCCUCCACCAUCAUUACCGGCUGGUGGCGGUGGUCCGCCCGUGGGUUCCGGUGGUUACAGGAACAGUGUCGUCAUCGAGCGAAAACCGGUGCUGCGCAGUGCGUCUAAUUUCGGCACACAAUCGGGCGACCAUACCGGCCCUGGCUCGUACGGUGGCGACAUUAGUGGGCGGUUGAGGCGUCGUGAUUCACCGGCACAGAGCGUUGGUAGCACAUCGACAUCGAGAGGAUACGGUGGUGCGGCUGGCGGGAUGUCGCCGUCGAUGAAUCUACGCCGCGGUGGUGCAGGUGCCACGUCGACCGGUAGUCGGUUUGAUGAUCGUAAUCGACGAAGAUCGCCACCAGCAUCGCGAUACGAACGAACGCGAUCGAAAUCACGCGACCGUUUGACAUCGCGCGAUACGGGACAAAAUCCGGGCGCGAGUGGUAGAGGCCGUCGAACGGAUUACAGCCGUACGAGGGGUGAUUACGAUCGCUACCAGGGUGGUUACGGUGGGGGCGGACAGGGACAGCAGUCGGGUUACGGUGGUGGAAGUCGCUACCGUGGUCGAAGUUCACGCUCUGGAUCACGCGGACGUCGAUCGCGAUCCUCGGAGCGGCCAACGACCCGAGGGAAUGGUGGUAGCAGUGGGUCCGGGAAUGUAGCUUCCACCCGGCAGUCGAAUCGUUCGCCGAAACCGCUGAAGAAGUUGGUAGACUACUGACAUCCAGCUUUCCACUAUGUUGCAAACCUCUUCAGGUUUGUUAUUAUUUCUUUAUUUGUUGCCAUUUAUUUUCUGUUCCUAUUGCUUACAAAUCUCGUAACGUCUUACCUCAGCAUUACCGUACGCAUGAUGGGUGCGUCAAACUAGAAGACGGUCUGCUUUUGCCGGUUUUUAUCGAGUUGCUGAAACGAUACUGCCAUCGCUUUGCUUGUGGAAAAAGCGUUCAUUAAAGCCAAAGCAACUCUCAUUCGAUCGGGGUAGCUAGUUUGAUGCAGCUAUCGUACAUUUUACUCUUCUUCUUUAGUGGCUUAAUAACUAUCGUAUAUCAAGGGCCGUGUCUCAGAACAUUUACUCUGUUGCACAUACGUUGUCUACAACUCCGUUGGUUCCGGCGCGGAGUACUUGUAUAUCAGGCAUGUCAGAUUAGACCUGUUGUUGAGCGUUACGUUUACCGAUCAAGUGUCGCCGCCAAAUAUCCUUACAACAGCAAGAUUUGUAUCGCUUGAUUGUGCGUUUGUUACAUACAUACAUUAUCACCCACGCCUACAACAUCAACACCUCGUUUUUAUACAUCCUAAGGCAUAAUAAUAGACGGAUUCAGGUAACAGCUGCAAUUAGCAUCCCCGCUCGUUGGAGCUUUUGGAGCGUGGAGGGCGUUAGGGAAAUGAGUUUCUACAGCUGGCGAUUGUGUUUCCUUUUUGUCAACGAUAAAAGAACUGCACUUACAAUUUUUCACCUCUCUGGUAUACAUAA